AUGGUUUUUAGAAGCUGGGAUGAUGGUAGUCGGAAGUGGAAAAUCGGGUGGCAGUCCAUUGAAUCUGAGUGCGACGUUUAUAGCAAGUGUGGUCCAUUUGGAAUUUGUAACCUAAAGGAUUCACCAAUCUGUAGUUGCUUGAAGGGUUUUGUGCCAACCAGCGUAGAUGAAUGGGCUAAAGGCAAUUGGAGUAGUGGUUGUGCACGAAAAAAGCCAUUGAACUGCAACAUUACCCAAGGCAUAGAAGAUGGAUUUUUGAGGUUAUUCCAAGUUAAAGUGCCAGACUAUGCACAUUUCUUGUCGGAUGACCAGGACCAAUGUAGAAGGAAGUGCUUGAGAAAUUGUUCCUGUGUAGCUUAUGCAUAUCCAAAAGGAAUUGGCUGCAUGAUAUGGAAUGGAAGCCUCCUUGACUUGCAGCAAUUAUCUGGCGAUGGCGUUGAGGUUUUCAUUCGUUUGGAUCAUUCAGAGUUAACAGAUCACGAGUUUAAUUGA